AAAAAAAUUUCAGAUAGUAGCUAGUAUAAUCCAGGAUUAUACUAAGUAUAAUCCAGGAUGACACUGAGUAUAAUUCAGGAUUAUACUCAGUAUAAUCCAAAUUACAAUGAGUAUAAUCCAUAUAUCACGCAGUAUAAUCUAGAUUUUGAUAGCUACUAUCUCAAAUUUUUUUUUUCACCACAGAUAUCACUGAGUAUAAUCUGGGAUGAUAUCCAGUGUCAUCUUGUUCUUUCCGUGUACAAAUUUGUGAAUAGUAAAUUUCACCCAACACACUCCAUACACUUGAGCGUGUGAUCGUACAUAGAUAAUAAAAAAGCAGCGCAGGAGCAGUUGAGAUACUGGGAUUUUAUUUAGAAUCAGUGCGUUCUCUCGCGUCUCAUUUGUUACAUCAAAGAUCUUUAAUAAUAAAUAAAAUUAACUGGAAAAUAUUAAUAAAAUAAUUUUUAUUAAAUAAUUAUUUAUUGAGAAUGAAAUUAAAAAAAUAAAAAAUGACGAUUAAAUUGGUGUGUUUUGGUUCAGUAUGGACAAUAUAAUAAGCUAAUGAAACUGGAAGAACCAAGGCUGGUAUUGAUAAAAAUACCAUGAUGACGUGGGAGUUAUUAUAAUUAUAGUAGAGUAAUAAUAAGAGUAUUAAUAAAUAAGUUUAAUAAUAAGUGAUAGGGUUGUUUAGUAUUGGUGAUCUUGUGGAAACUUUUAUCAGCAUUGACUGAUGCAUUUUUGGAUCAAUAAACCAGCGGGCAGGUCCCGCGCGAUUGGUGGUGGGUGCAGAAGAUAUCACGCUGCAACAGCAGCUAUUUCUGCAUCUUCUUUGCAAUCUUCGGUACCAUUAUUGAAGACGCAUUGUGGUAGGAGCAGUUCUCGAAGAACCGGAAAUAGUUCGAUGGUGUCACCGAAUCGAUUGCAUGGUAAUUGGACAAACACCAGGAGCUGUGAAGGGACAUUGAACCGCAGUGCUGUUGGUGUUCUUUACCAACCGAGAAACCGUGAAAACAGCAACAGUGUCCACGAGUCAACGCGUCACCAUGGACACCAGGCUCACGGGAUCGCCAACAAUGUAACGAAUAACACACAUGUCCGACGAGUCCUACCGAAUGACCCAGCAAUAAAUCGAGGAAUAAUCGAGAUAUCCGAGAUAAGCAGCGCUGAACUGGCUGGGUACCGACUGCGUUGCGGAGUUUGGAUAACAUUUAUCUUAGCGACUGGAUUUGUUUCCAUCGCUAAAUUUUAUUUCAACCACCGGGCGGACAAGGGUUUAGAUGUUCUGAUAUUCUGCGGGCUGUUGGUGGCUCUGAUGAUCUCCGGUUGCUUUUACACGACUCUGUUCCGCCGCAACCGGAACGACCACCACUACCACGUGCCUGAAAUCUCCAUUGCAACAGUGGCUACGGAGGCCGCUAAUGAAGCUAAUCAUCAGCAGCCAGGCGGUGAUAAUAACUCUUUACCGAUGAACUCGCUGGCGACUCAGCAUCCUGCGAGUCAGCAUCAGCAUCCAGUGGAUCAACACCAGCAACAAUUAAUUUCUUCUUCAAUGCUAUUCCCCUCGACUCCAUCGUUACCUUCACCUUCGCCUCCACCUUAUCACAUUGCUAUUCUGAUACCUCCGAAUUCGCAAUACGACGAAGCGCCUCCGCCGUCUUAUGAAAAGGCUACAAGAUAAACUGUAAAUAAGAUAUUUAAAUGUUACAAUAAUUAAUACGCAGAAGCGAUAAGUCAAUAAUAAUAAUAAUUAUUAUUAUAAUGUAUAUUACAAUGUAUAAUUGAUAAUGACAACACAGUGCUAAGCGACAGAUUUUCUUUUCUUACUUCAAUUAAAUAUAUUCUAUCCAAUCAUAAGAAAUGUAAUUGAUUAAAAUUGUACAGGCAUAUUUAUGUAGAAGGCGAAUAAAAUUAUUUCUUUUUUUAAAUUAAA